AUGGCAGUCCAAGACAGGUCGAAGAGUGCAGAGGUGGCAUUGCCGUCUAUAGCAGCGCUCUUCGUCGUUGUCUUUGACCGCAAGGUAGGGUACACGAUAGCAUGGAAGCGUGCAAUCCCAGACCUCGAGCUGGAUGGCGUGGUCGAGUACAAGUCGCUCCCCUCGGGCCUUCAUAAUUGCGACUCGGAUCUCGUCUACUUCGUCCACGAACAAUAUGCUGGCAUCAGCGCCUUCGCAAACCGGCCUGCCCACGAGUUUGAGAGAAAUGCACACUUUGCCGCUGUUGGUCUGCUCGUGCCUUUGACAUAUGGACGCCUGGGCCGUAGCUGGUUGCAUGCUCACCAACUGCGCCGUUUGGUCGCCAACACAGUCGACGAUACCGACAACACACACGAGCUGCAAGAAUACUGGGAACACCACCGUCUAGCUGCCCAUGAUGAGCCACAUCCCGACCUUGGCCACAACUCGAGUCAACGCAAGCGACGCGCUCUGUCCGACGCCGCAGGCUUCCAUCCUGCCGACCCUACUCUGUCAGAAGACCAUCCCGCCAUGUCUCUAGCACAUGAUCUCGAUACUUUUGGUCCUCUGAUCUUCCCGCUCCAAAGAGCCGCACUCGUCAAGAAAAGCAUAUUGAUCAUAACACCAACGCCCGUUCAGCCCGCUUGCAACCUUGUCUACAACUUGUCCGUCCUAUCGAAUAUUCCACCUUCGGCAGCCGACUUGGCAUCCAAAAAGGACGCUUUGUACCCACUCAGGCCAUUGUUUAACGUCGGUAUUCAUGAUAUUGACUACCUGUCUCAAUUAGCCACCAAAACCAAGCAACAAACUUCUUGGAUUGCAUGUACUUCUGACGACAUACUAGCAACCAAGUCGAACCUCUACGAUGUGCUUGUCGAGCUACCGCAACGUACACUGGACACGCCUGCCGUCAAACAAUGGCCUCGUGUUCGUACUGCUGCUGGCGAAGACAUCAAGGCGACCCAACGAGAUCUGAGACGCUACUACACUCUCAAGCGUGAGCUGAACAGGGUGCGGUAUCAAAACCAAACGGUUCACCACAUGGAGGCCGAUCGGCCAAUGGACGACGACGCGAGAGAGAGCAAACUGGUCGAACCUUCGUCAUGGGCCUCGAUUGCCUACACCAGUUUUCUCUGGUGGGCCUCGGCAGGAGAAAAGGACGCUUUGUUGAACGACGAGGCUUGUCAAGAUGCAAGAUUGCUAGAUGAUUUGCCUCUACCAGCGCCGGGCAAGAUAAGUCCGAGCAGCGGCAGGAGGUCUUCUUCUGUCCAGGACGGAGUGGCCGGAGUUGACGUGAGGUUCCAAUCGGUGGCAGUGAUCCUGAUAGCCUAUGCACAUCGCCUUACCACAUUGGUCAUGGAGACAUUGGCCGAGAUGAUCGAAGCUGCCGACGUUGAAGUCGGAGAGGGAGAGGAGGGCACGAUAAGCAUUCACAGUGAAGACUUGAGAAGGAUGGGACUGGACGAGUGGAGCUCAAACGAUGGAGAGUUUGUCAAGGAAAUGGCGGCGCUUUACUUUGGACGUGAAGACAUUCAGACGGUUGGCCGGACAGUUGAUCUUUGUGGCAUGAGAGUGUGUUAA